UUGGUUUCCACAAAGAAAUCGAUGGACAUAUCGCCAGGAAGCCUUCUGGCAAUACUGUGAAGUUAUAUAAACAAAACUAACAAAGCAAAUAAUAACGACGUAGGCUUAUUUAGUUAGUGCCGUCGAAACUUUUCUGAUUACUAGCUAAGAAAUGGCUUAUCAUCCUCCUAGUGGGCCUCCUCCAUACUAUGGGUACCCGCCACCCCCAAGCACAGCCCCCGGGGCGUUUACGUACGUUCCAGCCCCCGUUAUGAUGCCGAUGUACCCUGAAAGUAACAAUCCUACCUACGUGACUAAUUACAUUUAUCCCCCGCAACCAGCGCCCGAACCUCCUAUAGUUAUUGAUAAUAUUGAAAGUGACGUCAUCGAUUGGGUGCCUUCUACACCUCACGAGGCGCAUUCCCUGUACGGCAGGGCCUUUCUGGCUGGCAGAGAAGGUUGGGAUAACAGCCCCUUGUGGGCCAUCAGAGCCCACUACAACGGGAACCUCGUGCCUGGAAAAUUAGCCAUUAAACAUCGAGCGGCCUACAUUCCUUUUGGUGGCAGAGAGGUUCCAGUACAUAACUUUGAGGUGUUGUGCGCACCACAAAUCGCUGUAAAAUGGGUGCCCAUGAGCCACGGUCAAGUGCCGUCGGGAGGCAUCAUAGCUGGGAACACUCAAGACGCUGAACCUCUCUACCUCGCCAGAGUGAGACACAAGGGCUCUCUGACACCUGGCAAGGUUCAGCCCAGCAACUCGUGUUGUUCCAUAUCUUACGGUGGGGUUGAAAUAUCCUUCGCACAGUACGAAGUUUUAUGUUACGAGGAAGGUUAUAAUUAAAAGUGUUUAAUAAACAUUAUUUUUUUUCACCUUAUAUUUUAUAUUUUUGUAAAUCGUAUAAUUAUCAUGUAUUACGUAAUAAAAAUUUAAUUAUCUAAAG